UAUUUUUUUUUGACAAAGUUUGAAAUUUAAGCUUUUCUAAGUGAUUUAUGACAACAAUAAAAUCUCAAAAAUACGCAAAUUAUCCAACAAAGUCACAAAGAAAUAAAAUACAAAUAGUCGGUACACUCAGAUGUGUAUAAAAUAUUUUAGAAAUUAUGUACAACUGAAGAAAAACAAAAAAACAACGAAGCACGGAGUAAAGGAAAUCAGAGAAUACAAGCCUCUUCAAAAAAAAAAAAAAAAACAAAAAAAAAAAACAAAACCGUGGAGCAGAGCAAAGCAAAGCUGCACUUACAGUCUUACACCAUUUCAGCUGCCGAAGCCGAGCCGGAGUUCCCAGUCAGUCAGUCACUAAUCACAAGUCGUCCAGAAAAGGAGGGUGAAGACCAAUAUGUUAGCUUUGAGGACAUUGUUAUGCAAAACAAGGUGCCUUCAUAAGGAAGAAUCUUUGAGAAAACUUUUUACAUCACCAAGGCUUCUUUGGUCAUUUGCUUCAUAUUCUAAUGCUUCUGGAAAGAAUUUUAAAGCUACUCCUUUGCAGGAGAGGAGAAUGAUUGACCGAUUUAGAUUGCAUGUUAAAGGAGGUGAUGGUGGAAGUGGAAAUGGCAGCUUGCGUCGUAGUCGAACUGAUCGCUAUGGCAGGCCUGAUGGCGGAAAUGGUGGAAGAGGCGGUGAUGUGAUUUUACGGUGCACCUCUGCAGUUUGGGACUUCCGUGGUCUGCAGCAUCACAUUACUGGAGGAUAUGGUGGGCAUGGAGCCUCAAAGAAUAAGAUUGGCAGCCGUGGAGAAGACAAGGUUGUGCAAGUACCUGUUGGUACUGUUAUCCAUCUGGUGGAGGGUGAAAUCCCUUCAGCUGUGGAGAAACCGUCUUCUGUGACUCAUCCUUGGGAUCUUCCAGGUACUGUUACUUCUGAUUUCCUUGAAUCUGAUCAGUUAUCCACUUCUAGUUUGCGGGGUCCGGAUAUGGAUCUGGUGGAGAGUGGUGCUCAAGUCUCAUCUUCUUGUACUAAUGAUACUGCUAAGAGUUCAGCUUAUAUCAAGUCACCCUCUCUUGUAUCACCUCUUCCUACUUGUUCUCCACCUUCUCAUAGUCGUGGUAAAUCAACAUAUAGUGAGAAUGUUCGAAUUUCUCACUAUGAUAAUACAAGUGAUUGUGAAAGUACAUUGGCUGACGACAGUGAUCUAGAAAUUGAUAGUGGUAUGCUUGAAGAGGAGUUUCAAGAAGAUGUGGAAGAAAUACAAUGUAAUGUUGCUGAAUUGACUGAAGAGGGUCAGCAAUUAAUUGUUGCUCAUGGGGGAGAAGGGGGUUUAGGCAGUGUAUCAGCUGGGAAGCGUCAUCUAAAGAACUUAAAAAAUAAGAAUUUAGUUAUUGAUAAGAAUGAUGACGUGGAAAGUUCUGAUGAUGACAAUCAACCUAACAUAAGAAUUGGUUUGCCUGGGUCACAGGCUACUAUAAUACUGGAGCUAAAGAGUAUUGCUGAUGUGGGGCUUGUGGGAAUGCCUAAUGCAGGAAAAUCCACUAUUUUGGGUGCUAUUUCUAGGGCCAAACCUGCUGUAGGACAUUAUGCUUUUACAACAUUGAGACCUAAUAUAGGGAAGUUAAACUAUGAUGAACUCUCAAUAUCAGUGGCUGACAUCCCAGGACUCAUUAAGGGUGCUCAUGAGAAUCGUGGUCUAGGACAUGCUUUCUUGCGACACAUAGAAAGGACAAAAAUCCUGGCAUAUGUGGUUGACCUGGCUGCUGCACUUGAUGGCCGCAAAGGAAUUCCACCUUGGGAGCAGCUCAGAGAUUUGGUCUUAGAGUUGGAGCAUUAUCAAGAAGGCUUAUCUGACCGUCCAUCUAUAGUGGUGGCAAAUAAAACUGAUGAGGCAGGGGCUGAAUGUGUUUUGGAGGAGCUACAGAGAAGGGUGCGCGGAAUUCCUAUCUACCCAGUUUGUGCGGUUUUGGAGGAAGGGAUACCGGAUCUGAAAGCUGGGUUAAGAGUGCUUGUUAAUGGUGGGGAACCUGCCAGUCUGAGACUAGAUAAUAUAUUAGUUGAUUAACUAUUUUAUAAUUAAGUCACCAAGGGGAGAGUUGGGAGUUGGGAGUUGGGUUGGGAUAUAAGGAAGAGGAAGAAAAGAAUAUCUUAGUUGAUAUUAUUCCUUAUUUCUGUUGUUUAGAACUUUAGAACAUAGCCUUCAUAUCUUUUACUAUUAUUCUUGGGAUCAAGUUGAAUAUAUUGGCUAGCUCUCUUUGAAAAUUCAUGUCAACACACCAAGUUUAUCCCUUUCUCCGGGGUGAGGAGCCCGGGGGGCAGGGGUUCUUUCUUUUCAAAUGUCUGAUGGUGGUUAUUUCUGGUAGGCAGUGCUUAGAUUUCUUAUAUAGUGCCAUUCUGUUGGUAUGGCUAGAGAUAUGGAUUUCCCUGCAUCUUGAAGUCAAUUGUCAUAUGAUUCAACUAAUAAGACAUGUUUACAAGAAGUCUUUCUUCUUAGCUAUGAUGCUUUAAUCUACUAAAUUUUCAAUGUCAACUUUUAAAGAAGCAAGCUUCAUGGUGUUUUAAUAUGUUGAAAUUACAGCAUAAGAUCUUGUUGGGAUAGGUCAAUCUGGACUAUGAUUAGCUUUGAAAAAAUCAUUAUUAGCUAUUCUUUCUUAUAGUUUUUUCAAUCUAAAACUGUAUCAUGACAUAGGAUGUUUCUGCACCUGAAAUGUUAGGUGUCUGAAAGGCUCGCUCUGUCAGACAUAGUCAAUUGCUUCAGUUUAUCUCUUAAUUGAUUCAUGUCAGAAGGCAUCUAAUAUCCUGACUUUGUAAAAAUGGAAAGAAAAAGGAGGGUAAUUUUGGCUGCUUUGACAAAGCUUUAAACUUAUGAAUUUAUGUGAUGCGUAAUGAUAAUACGCUGGUGAAUAUGAUCUUUGGAGCUACACCCCCAGAUUUUGCUCCAAAUAACUAGUCUAUGUUUUCAAGAUGAAUAUGAUAUCUUUUUAAAAAUGAAUAUGAUAGGUAUUGGACUCAAAAUGAGUAUGCUAUAUACUCUGUGUUUGUAAUAUACAUUCUGUAUGUUAAUCAUUGAUAUCGAUUUUGUUCAUUUCAGAUUUUUUUAUUUUUUAUUAUUAUUAUUUUUUAUUUUUUUUGCGUGUGUUUAUAUCUCUGAGCUCGACUUCAUUUUUGGGUUAUCUGUAAUUCAUGCUCAUUGGGCACUCCAUUUUCCCACCUCCCUCAUUUAAUUUAAGGAAUCAAAAUUAGAAAUGUGGCUAAAAUUCAUUGACUUGUAAGUUGCUGCACUUGAGACGUAUUCAUCUUUCAUUUGAGGUUGCAUGUGUGUACAGAGUGUUUAAUAAAGAGUGGAAGACUUCAUGCAACGAGUGGUUGUCAUUGAUUUAUUAUACAAGACAAAACAUGUAUUAUAUGACAAGUUAAAGUCUUGUAUGUAAUUUUUAGCCGCCAUGACCUUGUCAUCCACCAAUUUUAAUUUUUUUUUUUUUUUUUCAUUAAUAUUAUCAAGAUCUUUGCUUUCAUUUCUUAGAGCUGAGAUGUAUGUGGGGUAGAGUUGACAUGGUGAAGGGCCAAGAUAUUAGAUAUCAGACGUGUAUGAUUGGGAUUUUUGCCAAAUCCCUUCAAGGUUCUUUAUAAAGGUGUUGUUGCUCAUCAAUUCUGAAACAUCCACAAAUUCAUUUCUCUUUAAAACGUAUUCUUACAAUCAAUCUUUGAAACGCUAUUUUUAUUCAUUGAGAAAGAAGAUGGCCCGAAGAACCUGUGGCUGUGGCGACAACUGCAGCUGUGGUGAUGACUGCAACUGCAACAGGAUGUAUUCAAGGACUGAGUGCGGUUGUGGAGAUGACUGCAGCUGCGACCCUUGCACUUGUGAUUAAAGACGAGGAAUUGUCCCAUCUGUAUUAUGAACUGAUUGUGUGUGGUUGCUAAGCUGUCAGAAUUACAAGAAAAGAAAAAAAUUGAGUGUCUUGUGAGUUGAAUGAAUAGGCCAUGGCUUCUUCUGGUCUGGUGUAUAUCUAUAUUUGUAGAUGUUUAUGGCUUGUGUGACUUGUCUAUGUAAUACUUCCUUUUAUUUGUGAUUUGAAAAAGUAAAAAAAAAAAAAAAAAAAAAAAAAAAAAAAAAAAAAAAAAGUACUACAGUUUAGUAUAUACAAGUAUAUUCUUGUCUGCUCUGGUCUUUCAAUUGUUGAUUGAUAUUGUGGUUUUUGUGAAACUUUUCCAAUUUGGAUGACCUUUGAAUGAAGUGGAAGAAAAGAACUGGUUUUUUCCGUUUGGUA